AUGCAGGAAAUCACAAACGUCUUGGGGACAUCGGUCGCUGAAUUCAUGAAAAAGCCGUGGAAGGACCGAAAAAAUGUUUAUCGCGAUGCUUUGACAGCCGAUGGCUUCCUCUUGAAGCUAGACCCUGGAGUUCAGGAUGAAGAAGAAGAGCUGCUGGGGCCGGCGUUGUUGCUCUUGAAGCGAGACGUCACUGGCAACAAAAGGUUGUCAGAGGAGGCCCAGAGGAUCUAUUACUCGCACAAUGCCUUUCGAGUCCGGGCCCCUUGGCUUCGUGAGUUCUUUGGCCGGCGGCACCGUGAAGAUGGCCACUUUGACCCGAGGCUGUGGGUGCGACGCCUCAGUAUCAUGCUGUACCGCGACGACGAAGACGAGGAAGAGGAACAGGGGGUGGUUGCAAAGACUUUACAAUUCCUGAUGAAAUGCGAUCGGCUGAGAGAUGUGACCUUCGAGAUAAAAGACUCCGGGAGAGAGGGCGACGAGUUACUAGCAGACUUGCUAAACAGCACCCAGCCUAGCCUUCAAGAGCUGGACCGCCGACUAGAGCGAGGAGUUAUGGUCAUCCGGGAGAAGGCAGUGCAUGACAUGGGCGGCUAUCUAGAACCGGAGGUGGUCCCUCUGCCUUGA